ACACAAUCUGCAUGUCAGUCUACGGUUUAUCAUUUCGAAAGCAGAGAAUUGUCAAUAUUUCAUUCGAAAUUAGAAUCAGAAUAAGAUUCAUUGACAGAUGUGAAUAUUUUGUGUGUAUUUCUGCACUCUACCUCAGAACUCGUAAGACAGGAAAGUUGAAAAUUACUUGAUUCGUUUUAUGAAAUCGCAUUGUAAGUAAUUUUAGCUCAUCAUUGAGCCAACAUUCCCUUUUUUCGUUCAACACAUUAAUUUCUUUUGCUCAAAACGGGAAAAAAGUGUGUCGCCGUGAUCAUAUUUGUGACAAAUACAGUGAUAAAAUCACACGAGCUAAACGCUCGUGUGGUAUUCAGCUUAAAAAUUGUCGGUGCAUUGUUCGAACGAGUGAUAUCGAAAAAGAUUCAUGGCGCAAAAUUAAAAGAAAAAUAAUCAUUCAUCAUAUGUUUACGAAUGAACGCAUUUAGCUAAUUUGAUCGUAUGAGUAUGGGUGUACAUGUGUUUUUAGAAGCUUUGAACAAAUUCAAGCAAACCCAAGUAUCGUCAAUUUUGUACAUAGAAAACGAAAUCACAAAGAGACAGACACAGAAGCUCACAUAGAACAUUGAGACGGCAGAGACAGAGAGAGAGAAAGAGAGAGAGAGAGCGAGAGAAAGAGAGGCAGAGGAUUGCGAUAAUGAGACGAAGACGUGCACGAUUGUUCAGUUUUCGUGUGUGCGAUGAGCAAAGAAAUGAAAGCAAAAUACAAGAAAAUGUGAUUAUGAAUUAUACUGUUACAUGAGCGCAACAACCGUACACCACAUUAAGACAACGCAUUAAGUGUACCACAGCACUUUUAUAAGCAGUUUUUCUCUUCUCCGUAGGGCGAGCGCGACACAUUAGUCGUAAAUAGUAGCAAUCAUACGAAUUUUUUUUUUUCGUAUGUGAAAUGUGUGUUCAUUUCGUUCAACUUCGAUUGACUGCCACAAGCUGGCCAAUUUCUGUGUGCUCUGAACUUUGUUUCACAACAUGAAAUUCAAAAGUCGACUCUAAACAUUGACUUGAAACAUGUGCCAUUGCCAAAAGUGUCCGUAGUCCAUAUCAUCGAACGUAUUUCGUUUUCAACCAUCUUGUCAGUGGUAUAUCAGUGUCAGUCUUUGUUCAUUUGUGUCCUAUCCUAUGCAAUUUGGCAUCAAGUGAAAGUGGAUUGCAUUGAUUGCACCGAUGCUUUGACCGAUCGGAAGCGUUCAGCAAUUUAAAUUAUCUUUGAUAUAUAAAUGAAAAACGUAUUUACGUAACGAAUGAAUAGAUUAAUAGUUUACCGAAGCAGAAACUGUGAAAAAGUCUCAAAUCAAGCAAAAUAUGAAAUAAUAUGACUUCAAUGUGUGUAUGUAAAUUGCAGCGCAUAGUAAAAACGUAAUGUUUACUUGUGUCGUAUCCUAAAUAUGAGUUGAACGUCUGUUUGUGUGAUUGUCACUGCGGCUGUGAGUGUAAAAUUCAGCUAUGUGUCUGCUCGAGUGGCGUUUACAACAGUUUGCGUUACUCUGUUGACUUCAAUUUGUAUCACACGCAAUGCGAUGCGCCUUGAAUUUCAAUUUUUUCUAUCAACACUACAUACACCGAUCGAAAACGAAACACAGGUAGUGUUUAUCUAGCACCGAUCGAUUAAAGCCGAUCCAGAACAAUUGAAAGCGCAAUGUACUCUUGCAGUGGAAACAUCAGUAGUAUUCAAAAAAUUGUGUACGCGGCCAAAUAAAAGUGAAAAAAGAAACAAUUCCAACACAGAAACAUUUCAGUAAAAAAGUGAGGAAAAGGAAACAAUGUUGAAUAACGGCACCUAAAUUCCACUACAGUGUAACGAUGUUGUGAUAAGUGGUCUGAUCCAUUUUUGGUUUUGUUUUCGUUUAAGAUCAGAUCAACACAAACAAUAAUCGCGUUCUGUUUUUUUUUACCCCUUUUAUUUUCUCCAAUAUAUUUAAUACUUUUGUUCUGAAGUGAAUCUAUGGUCUUUUGUGCUGAUCAAUUUGAAAUAGUAUUCAAAUUAUUUUUCAUCUAUUUCGGGAAUUACUUUUAAAUGUUGGAACAAUAUCGCACAAAAAGCCGACAAUUGGAAACUUGUUAAACUAAAAAAAAAAAAACGAACGUGUUUGUUUUCGUUAAAAUUGCGAAAAUGCUAAAAAUGGGAGUUAAGAAAAAACAUGAUCAUGAGAGUGGUUUUUUCGAAGAAAAUAUAUGCGAAUCAACAAAAUCGAAUCGAAAUUUACAAAACGAAUGGAUUCAACACUACCGAAAUCAACCGCCACGGAACAUGGCGACCGCACAGCAAACCAAUGGCGAUUCAAAUUAUCUAAAUAGGCCGAUGGAAUUACUUGAAAUUUCGCGCGAUAUCAGCACGAACAACAGAAAUUACGACCAUUACCUAUCAAACUAUGAUCGCGAAAAUAUGAGCUCAACCGGUGAAAGCAAAAGCAAACAGAGCAAACAGAGCUCUCGUAACCGUACGUAUCGGAACCAAGUCGAAAGCAGUUCGAAUGCAGUUCAACAUACAAUCGUAAUAUCCGAUGAAGAUGAUGAUGACGAAGACACAACAAGCCCAAACAAUGCGCACAACCAGGCUAACGACGGAAGUUUAUCUAUGACAAAAAGCAACGGACAGCAUAGCAAACGGGCUUCAGAUGAAAUUGUUGACAUCACAGAUGACGAUGAUGGAGCAAAUGAAGAGGAAGAAGACGAUGAAGAGAGAUACGAAUCUAGAAAGGGCCACAAAGGUGGCAAUCACAACCAUCAAGGGUAUCGUGGUAAAAAAAGUGACCAAGUCAGCAGUUCAAUAGCGGAUAACAAACAUACACACACACGUAGCAAUAAGUCCAAUGAAAAGAUUACAAGCAGCGAAGCGCUUGCUAAAGAGAUCGAACAAGCAUCAACAAUCCGGCCGCAAGCAAAUCUGCGCGAAAGUGAUAAAGUCAAUUUGUCACACUUUGAGCUCAUCCAAGUUUUGGGAACAGGAGCCUAUGGAAUUGUCUUCCUUGUGCGAAAGAAAGGUGGCAAAGAUGAUGGCCAGCUGUAUGCCAUGAAAAUCUUGAAGAAAUCAGCAAUAGUACAAAAAGUAAAAACUGCUGAGCAUACGAAAACGGAGCGUCAGGUGCUUGAAGCAAUAGGACGAAGUCCGUUUCUGGUGUCAAUGCAUUACGCCUUUCAAACCGAAUCGAAACUCUACUUAGUAUUAGAUUAUGUGAGUGGUGGUGAACUGUUCACUCAUCUAUAUAAGCGCGAUCACUUUACGGAAGAGGAAGUGCAAAUUUUCAUAGCCGAAAUUGUGAUAGCAAUUGAACAACUUCACAAAUUAGGGAUUAUCUACAGGGAUAUAAAAUUAGAAAAUAUUUUACUUGAUUCCGAUGGCCACAUAGUCGUCACCGAUUUCGGGCUAUCGAAAGAGCUCACCAAAGAAUCAAAUGGCAGAUCGUAUAGUUUUUGCGGCACAAUGGAGUACAUGGCUCCUGAAGUGGUGCGCGGUGGUAAAAAUGGACAUGAUGUUAGUGUCGACUGGUGGUCUGUUGGAGUACUUUGUUAUGAGCUAUUGACCGGCGCAUCACCUUUCACCAUUGACGGCGAUCCAAAUAAGCAAAACGAAAUAUCGAAGAGAAUCCUUAAAGCAAGUCCUCCAAUGCCUGAGAUCAUUCGCGAGGCCGCUAGUGAUCUGAUAACAAGAUUGUUGAACAAGGAACCAUCAAAGCGUCUCGGUACUGGGCCAACAGGACCAGAUGAGAUCAAGGCUCAUCGCUUCUUCAAAGGAAUUGAUUGGGUGAAACUGGCGAAAAAGGAAAUCAAUGCUCCAUUCAAACCAAAUAUCCAACAUCGGUUGGAUACAAGCAAUUUCAGUGACGACUUUACCAAAAUGCCUGUAGUUGAUCAGCCAUGCAAGCCACCUCCCAAUUACGAACGCUUGUUCAGAGGUUUUUCGUUUGUUGCGCCCGAUCUUCUUGACCAUCAAGACUUGACAAAUUUGGAUCCGAAGCCAAGCAUUGAAGAAGUCAUUGAUUACAAUCAAAAGAAUGGGUCAUUUUUUAAGAAAUACACAUUUGAAAGUGAUCAACCUAUCGGUGAUGGUUCCUUCUCAAUAUGUAUGAAAUGUAUCAACAACAAUACGGAUAAAGAGUAUGCGGUGAAAAUUUUGCGCAAAAAUCAAAAUGUGGCCGCUGAAAUUGAUGCACUGAAACUAUGCCAUGGACACCCGAAUAUCGUCAGUAUUGUUGAAGUGAUAGAAGAUGACGCAUUCACUUAUAUCAUUACUGAAUGGCUUGCCGGUAAGGAGCUUUUCAAGUACGCUCGGGAACAGCCAUUGGAUGAAUUUGAAGUUCGUGGUAUUUUCAAGGAAAUUCUACACGCUGUCACACACAUGCACUCACAUAACAUUGCGCACCGAGAUUUGAAACUGGAAAAUAUUAGGUUCACCAGUGAAAAUACGAGCAGAUCAAACAUCAAAAUUUUGGACUUUGGCUUCGCCUGCAAAAUAAACGAUGAAGACAAAGAAAUGGAAGGCGACUGCUAUACGCUGGACUAUGCAGCUCCCGAAAUUCUGUCAAACAAAAAAUAUACUGAAUCUUGUGAUUUGUGGUCGUUGGGUGUCAUUUUAUAUGCAUUGUUGUGUGACAGCAUGCCAUUCCGUCGGCACAACGAUAUCGAUGACAACAGCCAAAUCAGCAAGGACAAAAUUAUAAGUCGUAUAAAAAGUGGGCAAAUCAAUUCCCAUAAUGAACGAUGGAUAUCGCUCAGUGAUUCGGUCAAAGACCUGAUUCGACGACUUUUGACAGUAUCACCUGAAAAAAGAAUCAAGCUAUCGGAAAUACUCGUACAUGAUUGGCUUAGCUUCUCGAAAAUCGACUCAACAAGCAACAUUUUAUUUACAACGAACACGGAACCGAGACAGAAGCAGCGUUCUGCAUCAAGCCUUGCUGAUGGACGGACCGGACCAGCACGGAAAAAACGAAGUGGACGAUCGAAUCCAAAGUGCGUAUCAGUUGCCAGCACAGAUUCAUUAGUGGAAAGCACUACGAGUGAGUUAGGAUAUAGUAAAAGUUCAAGUGGAAUCGGUGGCACAUCCGAAGUAUCAGAUCAGUGUACCCACUCAAUAAGCAUUGAAUCAAACAGCUCCAUCACAAAUGAUCUGAAUGGAAGAUUCAUCGAUCAUGGGAAAUUGGAUGACAUUGACAAUAAUAACGAAAAAUUCAUCGAUCAUAGUAAUCAAGAGGAUUCCUCCUGUCAACAUGUGAUCUCUACCAGUUUAGGAGAUCCUGUCAUAUAUCAGAAGACUGUCAUCGACAAACCGCAAGCGUACAUUGGCGAGCAAUUUGAUUAUCUAGACGAUGACAGCGAUGGCGAAGAUAAUCUGUACGGUUUUUCGAAAAAUGAUACAACAAUUUUGACGAGCACAAAUCGUAAUAUCGAUUUGAAAAUUUUCUAUCGAUACGGAUCACUGACACAAAUCGACUGGAAUUCAACACGAUCGAUAACACCGCACAGAAAACGAAACUCUCCCGAUAUGAGAAAAUUGGUAUACAACACGUUUGCAGGUGAUAAGAGCAUAAAUUCUACUCCACAUGGUGUGCCAAAGCGUCGUCGUUGUCAAAAACCAAAUCAAUAGGCUCAAUAAACGAAUAAUGACAUCAAAGAUCAUCGCAGGAGGAGGAAUUCUUUCGAGUAACACUUAGUUUCAUACACAUCUUAGAACGAAAAGCCAGCCAUUGACUACAAAUUAACACAUACAUACUGUUGUCAUUAUGCUAUAGGUAACAAAUCUAAAAACGCGUUAGAGAACGCAAGAAAACAUUACAUUGAUUUGAAGACAUUGUAAAAUCAACUGCAAAAAUGUGUACAUAAAAUAUGUAUUGCAAACCAUGAAAAGGUCAACGGAAUAAUGUAUAUUAUUGUUAAAUGUUACAACAACAACAACAACAACAACAACAACAACAAAUCUCAUUUGAAUCAGUCGAUUUACCAAAAGAGUGUUGUCAUCAUGCAAACCACCAACCUUAAACACUAGUUAUUGCACCAUAAGAACAUGAAACAAAACAGAACAUACAAAGUCACCCAGAAAAAAAACACAAGUAUUUAGAAGAAAAGUGCCUUUUCUAGUAGAAUGAAGAACAAAAGGUUAAAAUUUGAAUAAAAAAAAAGAAAAGAAAACAAAAAUAACAACAAAAA